CCUUUGAAGGGAGUUCCUUUGACUGCGCUUAGUUAACAAUCUCUCAAAGAAAGCAAAAUCAAUUUUUAACUAAAAAUACAAAACAGUUUUCACUGAUUAGCACGCAAGAGAGACUCCGUAGAAAUGGCCAAAAGCUCCUUCAAGCUGGAACACCCUCUAGAAAGGAGGCAGGCAGAAUCAGCUCGUAUAAGGGAGAAAUAUCCUGAUCGAAUUCCAGUUAUUGUGGAGAGGGCCGAAAGAAGUGACAUACCUGACAUUGACAAAAAGAAAUACCUGGUUCCAGCUGAUCUGACUGUCGGCCAGUUUGUUUACGUGGUUCGGAAAAGAAUAAAGCUGAGUGCUGAGAAGGCUAUAUUCAUCUUUGUCAAGAACAUAUUGCCUCCCACUGCUGCCAUGAUGUCAGCGAUUUAUGAGGAAAACAAAGAUGAGGAUGGCUUCUUGUACAUGACAUAUAGUGGUGAGAACACAUUUGGAGCAUCAGUCGAGUUGCAGUCAAGCUGAAGAUAUGCCAUUAAAAUGGCAAUGACCAGAUGUAAAUAGUUAACUAUCUGCUCUUUGCAUGGAUAAACCAUAUCUGAACUUAUUGAUACUGCCCCCUAAGUCUGGAUGUUUGACUACUUUUUAUUAAUUCUAUGCCGUAAAUAUUUGAUUUCUUCGUA